AUUUUAGAUAUGUCUCAAACCUGUGAAAUGGAAAAAAUCCCAAAACGCUUUAAAGUACUGAGUCUUCGUGAACUAGGAAAAACAGAGCGUGAUACGAUUUCCAAAGAUUAUAAGAAAGUAAACAGACAUUUUAAGGUACUGACUCUCCAUGAGUUGGGAAAAACAGAACGCGAUACGAUCUCAAAAGACUUCGAAAAAUUAAAAACUUCAGAAAUAUCGGAAGAAGUUAACUCAUUUUCAAAAACUUUGGAUCACCUAACGCUACCUCCAUACUUCACGUCAACUUCAUCUCAACAGAAUUUUGACUCAACACGAAUUGCGAAACAGCCUCCCUUAUAUUACGUAAAUCAAGUAUCCACAUCCUCGGUUUAUCACCAACCAAUAACACCACAAUUAUCAGAAUACUCAUGGCAUGAUAGGUCGUCAUCCAAUUCUGAAAAAGAAUUCAUUCAUUUACCGAACGGAAUGCCUUCUAUAGAUUGUACUUCUUCACCUCAAUCCAUCACAAGUAUCAAAGAAUAUGAUGGAUUAAAUAUUAAUAUAUCGGAUUUAAUUUGGACUUCAGACGUCAGUAAGAAUGCUGAAAAUACAAGUGAUGUAAGCCUUUGUAAACUACAGGAAUAUAUGUUAAAACAAUCGAUUAAAAACCUCCACAUUGCAGUAAAGUCCACCAUUGCGGCAUAUAAUGAUUUAAAAAAUUGUUUCCUUCCCGGAGAAAAGUUAAAAGUUGAUCCACCACCAUCCGAAAUAGACCCAAAAUUAUGGUCAGAAUUGUUAGAAUUGUUGUCGAAUUGUUAUAGUUCUGACGAGAAUAUAAAGUGCCUUAAUGCAUAUAACAGUCAGUAG